GCCGGUAAAUUCCAUUCCUCAAAAGGCACACUGGGAAACGGGAAAGCGAACGAAGCGUCUGCGAAGGGCGGGAAUGAUUUAAUUAUCUAUUCGUCGCGCGAUAAUUGGCUUUAACAACUGUCAACCGUGUGGGACAGUUUUCAACUCGGCAGUAUAAACGCCUACCCGCUGUUUGCCGGCAUGCAACAGGCGACCUGUCAAAGUAGGGUUGUGUUUGUUUUGGUUUUUUUUUCGCACCAAAAGCGGUUCCUUAUUGCUCCGCGGAGACUAAAAACAGUAAAUUUACGAUGAAUUUCAUUCUUCCCGGUGCCAACGUGAAAAUGUUGGCCCGUGCCGUGAACUGUUUUUCCAAAAUCGGAAACGAGCUGUUCUUCGAGGCCACCCCGGAUGGGCUCGAUUUGAAAACGAUCAACUCUACCAACACGGCGUACGCGGUCGUUCAGUUUCGGCGCGACUUUUUCAUCAGCUUCCAGCAGGGCAGCUCGGACACGCCCGACGAGAACUGCUGUAAGAUAUCGGUGAAACCGAUUCUCAAGAUAUUCAAGAGCCUUGCUACGAUCCAAACGUGCAAAAUCUGGCUCGAAGUCAACCAAUCCAAAAUCAUAUUCCAAUUCCGGUGCAAGUCGGACGUGCUGAAGACGCACAAAAUAUACCUCCUAGAAAGCGAACACAUCAAUUCGCUCAAUCUGUCCCAAACGUUUCCGAGCGAAAUCGUGGGCAACCACAAAGUGUUUACCAACAUUCUGGUGCAUCUGUACCACUCGGUCGAUGAGAUUUCGUUCGAUUUGAACGACAGCAAGACGAUAGUUUCCAACUACGUAGACAACGAUCAGUCCGAUCGCUCCACGCUGCGAUCGACGCUUUCGAUCGAUUCGUCUGCCUUUCAAACGUACCAGCUGUCCAGCAAGGCAAACCUUAUCUUCUGCUACAAAGAGUUCAAAGCCGUCACCAUGUUCGCGGCCCUGAACAAGCUAAACAUACGGAUGAGCUUCUCCGGGCCCGGAUCACCCUUGAUGUUGGAGAUGAGUAAAGGGGAGAUCGUGCACGCCAAGUUCAUCAUGGGUACGAUGAAACCUUCCGCCCAGCUGAACAGUAGACGAGCGAACCGCCGAAAAGCACUCGAUCGAAGCGUUCCCAACCGUUCCGUCGGAAUGGACAGUGAAGGAAUCCACACGUACUUUACCGAAGACAUCACGAGCAACGGCAACACGGAAGCAGCGUCGGAACUCGUCACUCAAAAAGGCAUCUCACAGGCUACUCCUGCACCUCCUGCUGGUAGUAAAACUGCCCGGGAUGCAAUGAACUCCAGCCUUCAAGCUUUACGCAACGAAUCCGAUUGUAAUGCAGUUCGAAACGAACGUUCGCAUCGACCGGAGGAAGCAAACUCGGUCCGGCAACGAUCGGGCACGGUCGCAUCCAGCGCAAGUGAAGCCCACGCUUCGGAGGCCAUGUUUGGCGAGAAGAAUACGGAAAAUCUUCCCUUCCUGGAGGGAUUAAACUUUCGCCAGCCGACCGUUAACAGGCUCGACUCGAUUCCAACCAUGACGACGGACGAUUCGUUCACGCUGAACGGCAUCAACGACCACCAACCGCAAGGACCGUCCGCCAGCAACCUUACUGCGGUACGCAGCAGCGAUACAAUGUUUUCCCGAAAACGACCGCAAAAUGCAAGCUCGCCCGGGCACGAAAAGCCCCCGGAAGACAGUGUCCCCGAGUCACCGAAUGUGAUCGAGGAGCGGAAACGGAAGCAGGCCAAACUACGACACAUCUUCCGACGAUGCUUCGAGCCAACGUUUAAUCCUGCCUUUCAGCUGGGCUGUAGCCAAAUCUAUGCUCCGAAUUCCGAUUCGGAGGAGGAAGCGGGUGCGUGACCGCGAUGAUGGUCGGACCGUUUUUUUCGGACACCUACAAGCUACAGCACACACACACACACACUCGAACGCAUCGGGGCAUCGUUAUGAUUUUUUACAAUCUCGUCCGUAUUUUUGUUUCCUCUUUAUUGUCCUUUUCGUACUGUUCUAGAUUGAGCGAUGUCGCGCGGCUAUCACUGUCUUUUUACUCGCAAAAAAAGUUCCAGUAGUAGUAGGUGCGGUUGUUGUAGUAGUAGUAGUAGUAAGGUCGGUUGUCCUGAUUGUACACAACGAGUACGAAUAAAUUAAAUAAAUAAAUAAUUUAAAUAAAUAAAUAAAUUAUCUUAAAACUCCUA